CUCCUCCCGUACCUCGUACCAGCCUCUGCUUCUUCCACUUGGUCUCCGUCUGCUCUUUCCUUCCACUCUGAGAGACUGCGCUCAUCUCUAUUCUUCGCCCAUUCCUCCUCGUGUCUUCAUUUUCAAUUCUCCUAGAAAGGGAAAUCUCUCCAAUUCCUCCGUCUCACCCUACGAUCAAGUCGACCUAUAGCGCGGUCCGAUCUAACCAAUCCUCUCCCACGCCAUCCACUCCCUGAAUCAGGUUUCGAUCCCUUGAAACAUCCAGCGCACCGGACUUCGUCACCUCGAAGAAUCCAGGCCCACGCCUGAAUCGAUCCUAAUCUCGCCCCCUGCUGCUCUCCUCAUCAUCAUCACUUUUGAACAUAUCACGUCCUCGGCACAUGUCUCUGGUGGAUUGAGAUUAGGAGACCAGAGCUGCCGCUGCGACUUUUAAUGCUGCCGUCAGCGCCAAUCCAGCCGUCUUCGAGAAGUUCCUGAUUACGGGCGCUGUGUCCGUGUAAGCUCUCAGCUAAGAUGGCUACCUCGACAUCAUCAGUAGGAUCCUCUCCAACCGCCUCACCUACGGGCAAUCCGGGCAACAAUGGAGGAAAUGGGCCUAGUUCGCCACUUCUCUUCUUCGUCGCUCUAGGCUUUGGCGUGGUCUUCACGAAUCUAUGGAUUAUCGUCGGCGUCAAAUACUGUUUCCGAUAUAACCAGCGGAAUCGACAGCGCAUGAAUGGGGAAGAUCCUGACGCAGUUGACCUCGGCGCCAUGCCUCGCCAACAUCGUCGCAGGCGCGAAAAGAAGCUCAUGACAAUGGAUGAGGUCAAUGAAAAAUUCCCUCUGACAAAAUACAAGACGUGGCGAUCCAAUCGGGCGGAUGAAGGACUACCCACUGCUGGAGGCAUCAAUACCGCAUCAAGGCCUGCCAGUAUACACAAUCAGCCGCGCGAGUCAAAGGACAGCAGUGAAGCAGCAGAAUUGACUCAAACACACACCGUUUCCACCAUCGCCGAAGAGGAAACGAGUCAAGAGCAUGCUACACCUGAGAUUAUCGCUGAGAAGAGUCGCCCUGACACUCGGCCAGCGACCCCGUCGCGGCCAAAGUCAGCACAGUCAACCACUCACGACACUCCUAUACAAAAGGUCACCUCUCAUGAUGACGAAGAUGACGACGAACAGAUCCAAAAUGCCGUUCCCGCCGAACAACUACCCGACCCUGGAGAUGCUUGUGCUAUUUGCCUGGACACCAUCGAAGAUGAUGACGACAUCCGCGGUCUACAAUGUGGUCACGCCUUCCAUGCAUCUUGCGUCGACCCUUGGUUGACAUCAAGACGUGCUUGCUGUCCCCUUUGCAAGGCCGAUUACUAUGUUCCCAAGCCUCGACCUGAAGCUGUCAAUAGCGAAGGCUUGAGCAGGGCUGGGACAAACCCAGAUGUACAGCAACCUCCGACGGCGUUCUCAAUCAUCGGCAAUGGUCGUGCUGGUAGAAGACCUGCUAUGGUCCUUCCGGGACGGUUCAUGAGCAUUGUCUAUCAUGAUCGUGAUCGACAUGGUUUCCCGCUUGUCGUGAGAGCUGAGCGAAGAGGUCAGCGAGCACAAAACCAACAGAGAGAAUCAAAUCGUGAUACCGAGGCACCACUUCAACCUCAAACUUCGAGCUGGAGGUCGCGAUUACCAGGUUUUCGCAUACCCGGGCGUGGCCGGCCAGCUCAAAUCCAAGACAAUUCGGCAGCGCCGGAUGUCCAGCCAACGCCUUCACAGCUCGAAGCUGGCAGGUAGUUUUUAUCCCACAAGUGAUGAUGAAGAUGACGUGAUUAUGAAAUUACUUGUUGAUGGGGUCGUCGGUUUCAAGAGCAAGCAUUGAAUUUUCCUGCCCACCAAGAUUGGAUAAGGGGCCACUGAGGACAGGUCACGCACGGCGUUGAACGUGGUCUAGUUGUCCGCUUAAUGCACAACAGCGGAUAGUGUGGACUGGCUCCUCUGGGCGAAAAUAUCGUAUCACACAUGGAUACCUGUACGAGGAUAUACUUGUAAAUUCUGCCGUAAGGCAUCGCAAAGAUCUCGGAUAUCGAUUGCCAGCCUCUGCAUUCCCUGCACCAUGUCUGAGUGUAAAUCUCCCACCUCCCUGUGGAUUAUGAUCUGCCCAUCUAGUUUCAGUCCACUGAUCGAUCCCUCUUCCGUCGGCUGUUACUAUGGUUGCC